ACCAAAUUACAUUAGCAGCAGUUAAUGACUUAGACCUGUCGUACUAGAAAUCCUAUAUAUAGGACUUGGUUUGCUGCUUCUUUAACUGGACUGCACCAAACCCACAUCCAUCUCCUUUACUCCCAUCAUCUUUUGCCUAGCCAUCACCGAGCUAUAUGUACGAAGGCCAUUGCCAAAAUCAGCGCCAAAGUCUGGUAUUGCAAAGCAGGAAGCGGAAAAUGGGCAGGUCCCCUUGUUGUGAGAAAGGUCACAUGAACAAAGGAGCUUGGACUAGAGAAGAAGAUGAGCUUCUCAUAGCUUACAUCCAAGCUCAUGGAGAAGGUUGUUGGAGAUCCCUCCCUAAAGCUGCUGGACUUCUCCGUUGUGGAAAGAGUUGCCGUCUUCGAUGGAUUAACUAUUUGCGUCCUGAUCUCAAGAGGGGUAAUUUCACUGAUGAAGAAGAUGAACUCAUCAUCAAGUUACAUAGCCUUCUUGGUAACAAGUGGUCAAUAAUAGCAGCAAGGCUACCAGGAAGAACAGAUAAUGAGAUCAAGAAUCACUGGAAUACCCACAUAAAGAGGAAGCUAUUGAGCAGAGGUAUCGACCCCUUGACGCAUCGACCGAUCAAUGAACAAGCUGCUACUCACAGCACAGAUAGGGGCUCGUCUGCUGCAGUUCUGAGACAGGAUGCGAAGACCGAUAUUGAGUUUCCUUACCUAAACCACAACAACCCAGAUGGAGAAAAGUACCCAGAGUUGAAUCUUGAGCUGCGGAUAAGCCCUCCUUCUUCACACCCACCUCGAAAAGAGGAGACAACAGACAGAAAAAUCAUUUGCUUCUGCUCUAGCUUGGGACUGCAGAACAGCAAGGGGUGCACUUGUGGGGCAGUAGGAAUAGAACAUCUGAGAUUUUGUGCUUGACGGGUGGCGUUUUGGAUUACAGAAGGUUGGAGUUGAAGUGAGAAUUUAACUUCAUAUAUCUGAUGGCAAAACCAAUACUAGUUUAUGUGUAUGAAAGGUUUCUCUAGUUCCCCUUCUGGUUUGUAUAUCUGUUUGUUUUACUAUGAAACACCCCUGACACUUUCUGUCUGUAGUUCAAUGAAAAUUUAGGAAUGUUUGUCCACAUAUUCAAAUCUUUGCUAAGAUUUCUUUAGGAUUAUUGAAUGUUUCUUGACUUA